AUUUCUCUGAAUAGCAGUAAAAGAAACUUCCCCAGGGUUUGUCACUGGACUAUAAGAGUUGAGCUUCUGUCACACAUGUUCACUUCUAUGCAAGGCAGCUCAUUACAUAAAGGCCGAGCUCAAAGCCCUCGAGGAAACGAUGAGCGUUGGUUUAUCGGUAAGGACAGGAAAACCACGCUGUCUCGCCGGGUUUGUUCCGGGCCACUGACCCAAUAAGAAACCUUCGUCUCUUGCGGUUCUGACUGCCUGACAGAUCAAACAUCACUGUGUCGCAGUGUAUUCAUUCCCCCCAGGGUCAAGGACAUUAUGUGACACAUCUCCAUCCCUGACUGACUAACACCAAGGCCCACCAUGCAGGAUUGUCACACCGGACUGUGUCUGUCUGUCUACAUCAUUACCUUUGUGCUGGGCUUCCCGGCCAAUGUCCUCGCUUUCUACACGUUCUGCAAGAAAGUGAGGCAGAAACCCACACCCAUCGACAUCCUGCUCCUCAACCUGACCAUCUCCGACCUCCUCUUCCUCCUCUUCCUGCCCUUUAAGAUGCAGGAAGUGAUGAACAAAAUGGUCUGGGACAUGCCGUACCUUCUCUGCCCGCUGUCUGGCUUCAUCUUCUACAUGACCAUCUACAACAGCAUCUUCUUCCUCACUGCGGUCAGCGUAGAGCGCUACCUCGGCGUCGCUUUCCCCAUCCAGCACACCCUGAAGCGGCGACCUGUGUACGCUGUCGCCGCCAGCAUCUUCUUCUGGAUCUUCUCCAUCAUCAACCUGAGCAUUGUGUUCAUCGUGCCCAUUAUCGGCUCUGACAACCAUCCCAAUAACACCUCAGGCCACAAUGUCUCAAAGAGCAGGGAAGAAGUGUGUUAUGAGAAUUUCACGCAGGAUCAGCUGAAGGUGCUCCUGCCUGUGCGUCUGGAGCUCUGUCUGGUACUUUUCUGCAUCCCUUUCCUGAUAAGCAGUUUCUGCUACAUCCACUUCAUCAGGAUUUUGUCCAAGCUUCAGCACAUUGACAGGCGCCGGCGCCUCCGGGCCAUUGGCAUGGCUUUAGGAACACUGCUGGUGUUCGCUUUAUGUUUUGGCCCCUACAACGUCUCGCACAUUGUUGGUUUUAUUAGAUGGAGAAGUCCCGACUGGAGAGACAAAGCUCUGCUGUGCAGCACCUUCAAUGCUUGUUUAGACCCUCUCAUUUUCUACUUCUCCUCCUCUGCUGUGAGAAAGACUGUGGGUAGUGUGAUGGAAGGGGUUAAGAGUCGCCUAAACAGGUGCAUGUCCUGUCACAUGCUCUGGGCCUUGUGGGGGGGGAUUAACAAGACUGCAAAAGAUAAGGAACACAAACAAGAGGAGAUCAAUGCUAUCUAGGCCGACUGAAAGAAAGCUGUAAACAGCUGCCUUCACUAAUUUGUUAUUUCUUCAUCCCUAGCAGGAAAUUAAUGCCAUGUUUAUAUUUUUACACGUGAGAGAAUGGCUCGGCUUACUGUACACCGUGCAGCGCGACCCCGUGUCACUGUCUGAUGAACUUUCUACUUGAAAAUGAGACAAAAGAGGAAACCGUCUGAGCAGGCCACCGAUGUUUGAACGCAGUGUAAUGACAAUGUCAUAGAGACAGACCACUUUGAAAUGUCAUAUUUAAAUGAAAAGGAUUUCUUACAUAACAGCAGCAUUUUAUAAAGUCUCCAUCAAUGCAGUCAGGUGUUGCGGAGUGCUGCGGCAACAACAUGAAUAUCUAAGCAACAGCUGCAGACGUCACCUCUGAGCAACAAGAGAUAUAGCUAUCCUGACGGCUUUAACCAUGAACAGGAUAUAUCGUCUGUAACAACAUGCUCAUUAUGUAAAGAUAGAGGACUGAAGUGUGAGAUCUUAAGAAAGAUUGAAAAAGUGUGUUGAGAAAAUGACAUAAAAUGCAACUAAUAUGCA